GGCGCUGUACGGGUUUCAGGAAGCUUGACUCGCUCCGUCUUGUAUAGUUUAAGUGUUUGUUUGUUUGUUAGUUUGGUGUGUGUGAGAGACUGUGAUGAAUGUUCGGGUGUGUGCGAUGUUCAGCGCCGCGGUUCUGAUCCGCUUAGUUCUGCUCUGCGUCUGUGUUUAUCAGGAUCAGAAUCUGCAGCUCAAAUACACAGAUGUGGAUUAUCACGUGUUCACUGACGCGUCCAGAUUCAUCACACAGGGCGAGAGUCCGUACCGCAGAUCCACGUUCCGCUACACGCCUGUGCUAGCCCUGAUGCUGACGCCUAACGUGCUGCUAACGCCUCACUUCGGGAAGCUGCUGUUCUGCGCCUGCGACCUGCUGUCGGGCUGGCUGCUGCUACGGCUGCUAGCUCUGCGCGGCACGUCCCGCGGCGCGGCCCUCGCGUACUGCGGCCUGUGGCUCCUGAACCCGCUGCCGGCCGGCGUGUCGACGCGCGGGAAUGCCGAGUCUGUGCUAGCCGUGCUGGUCCUGUCCACACUGCUGUGCCUGGAGUCGCGGAGACUGACGCGCGCCGCGCUCCUGUUCGGCCUGUCCGUCCACAUGAAGAUCUACCCGCUCACGUACGCGCUGCCCAUCGCGCUGUCUCUGGCCGAGGCCCCGACCCGGGAGCGGGCGCUGCUCCCGAACCUCCGCCGGCUCUUCAACAGGGAUCUGCUGCUGUUCGCUGCCGUUUCCGGAUCCGUGUUCCUGGCUCUGAACGGGACCUUCUACUGCAUUUACGGCUGGGAGUUCCUCCAGGAGGCGUACCUGUACCACGUGACUCGCAGAGACAUCCGGCACAACUUCUCUCCGUACUUCUACAUGCUGUACCUGACGGCGGAGGGGGGCGGGGCCCUGGCGCUGGUUCUGUUCGUGCCGCAGCUGCUGCUGGUUCUGCUGUCCUCGCUGGCCUUCCGCUCCGACCGGCCCUUCUGCUGCUUCCUCCACACCGCCGUCUUCGUCAGCUUCAACAAGGUGUGCACGUCACAGUACUUCCUGUGGUAUCUGUGUCUGCUGCCGCUGGUGCUGCCGCGCCUGACGCUGAGCUGGACGCGAGGCCUCGGGCUGCUAAUGCUCUGGCUCGUGGGUCAGGCGCUCUGGUUAUCGCCUGCCUAUAUCCUGGAGUUCGAGGGCCGCAACAGCUUUACUCUCAUCUGGAUGGCCGGUCUGCUGUUUCUCCUGAUCAACUCCUUCAUACUGGGACAGAUAAUCUGCCAUUACAGACCAGUAGCAGCUCAGCAGAAGAAAACCGACUGACAGACGCGUGUGAGAGCGCUGUCCCUGAGUCAUGCUGAUGCGCAGAUGUCGAGCAGCGUUCCUCAUGCUCCUGCAGAUGCUGAUCCAGGCCAGUAGAUGUCGCCAGAGAUCCACAGUCUGAGUAUCAGAGACACAGGAAGUGCUGCGUUCUUACUAACUCUACAGUUAACAGUCAGUCGCUCUCUGGACAGAACUUUCACUGGACUUACAUGUCAUGUUUGUGAAUGCUCGGAUCAUGGGAAUGAAUGUUUCUGAAGUGUUUGCAGGGCAGCUCUGUCUAAGACAAGCUCCGCCCUCCCUGGUGAUGUCACACCAAUAGGAAUGAGUUUUGACUGGCAGUAGGCGGGAUUUACACUGGAUUACAUCAUCUCAAGAUACUCACAUAUCAGGACUGUGUUUUAAGAUUUAAAUAUCUUCCCUGGUGGACAUUUAUCCAAAAUACUGGGCACAAUUUUCAAAUGAAAAAGGAGAAUCUGAAAUCUGAAAAGUGGAAAUAUUUAUUUUUGCCAUUAUCCAUAGUAAAAGCCUUUCUCAUUUUUGUCAUACAAUAUUUUUAUUUUUAUAAAAGUAAUAAAUACAACAGGAAGACCCAUUUUGAUUGUUGCUGCUUUGCAGUUAUAAACUUGUGUAAAACAUUGUAUCUUCUGUUAAUAUUUAUUGUCUGUAUUGAAUGCCAGUGGCAAAACGUUGUGUUAAAAUCCUUGAAAAAGUGCAAAAGGCCUUUGAUAUUUAUAUGUAAACAAUAAAUACAAAUAGUUGAUACAAAUGAACCUUC